GACAACAUAAAUGUACGUAAUAUACCUGCGACUCUGCUGUAAAUCAGAAGAACUCGUAGCCUACCAUGCACUGUUAUGAUCACUGAUUUAGUCAGUUUAAGCAAACUAAAGGAAUGGAACUCCUUCCAAUACUAGAACCAGAGGACCAGCCUCGAGAUAAACAAUGGUAUGCCCUGGUGCCAAGAGGACAAAGCCCAGGGGUCAGUGUGGGUCACACCUGCACUUUUAUACCAUCUGAUGAGGGAGGAAAGGGGAAAAUCGUUAUUGUUGGAGGCGCAAACCCAAAUGGCAGUUUUUCUGAAUCCAGUGUCAUUGAUCUAGAGCGUCAUGAGUGGGACGUCCCGGACUGGCAGGGUUUGCUGGCUCGCUAUGAGCACUGCAGCUUCUCGUCGGAGGCCAGCCCCGACUGCCUGUGGGUGUUUGCUGGAGCUGAACCGAGUGGGAACCGCAACUGUGUCCAGGUCCUACAGCUGUCAGGCGGUGGCUCUUGGAGAACUGUGUCGGUGACGGGAGAGCCACCCUCUCCCAGGACGUACCACACGAGCACAGCCUGCGUUGGGAACCGCCUCUUUGUCUUCUCUGGGGGAGAUGCUGGCUCCGUGCCUGUGUCUGAUCUACAACUACAUGUCUUUGAUACAGUUACAUCGACGUGGUCCCAACCUGCGACCAAAGGAAGACCCCCCUCCCCUAGGCACGGCCACAUAGUGGUGGCUGUAGGAUCCACCAUCUUUAUCCAUGGCGGGCUCGAAGGGGACAAGUUUCACAGUGACAUGUACUCCCUCGACACAGUCACCAUGAGAUGGGAGAAGGUGAAGCCCAAGGGGGACGUCCCCUCCGGGCGGGCUGCCCAUUCUGCGGUGACGCUGGGGAGGAACAUCUACACCUUUGGUGGCAUGACGCCAGAAGGAGCCACCAAUGCAAUGCACAAGUUCCAGACAGAUAAACAACGUUGGACCUUGCUGAAGUUUGAAGGGGACUUGCCUGCGAACAGACUGGACCACUCCAUGUGCGUGCUGCCCUGGCGUGUAAGGACGGAACCGACGGAGGAGGGCGACGCAGCACGGAGCCAGAAGCCAGACGACACCCAUCUCUGUCUCGUCUUUGGGGGAAUGGACACAGAGGGAGUGAUAUUCAAUGACUGUCUUGUCACAGUUGUGACAUAACCAAGAGUUAUAAAUCUGGUUAUAUACUUCUAAAUAUAUAUAUGUAUGUAUAAAUAAACUGUCA